AUGUCGGAAAAUGGUGAUAUGCCGCCGAAGCCCUCGCCGUCCGCGCUGAAGUUUGACCUGCUGGCGAGAUGCUCGACCACGAAAGCGCGUGCAGCAACACUGCACCUCCCCCAUGGCUCCGUUCAACUUCCGCUGUUUAUGCCAGUGGCCACGCAGGCAUCGCUGAAAGGUCUGACGCCUAAGCAACUGGAAGAGACGAGCUGCCGACUGUGCUUGAAUAAUACAUACCACUUGGGGCUUAAGCCUGGCCAGAAGACACUGGAUGCUAUUGGCGGCGCGCACAAGUUGCAGUCAUGGCCACACAACAUUCUAACAGGAAAUUGCAGCUUCCAGAUGGUCUCGUUACUACAGCUUGCUCAGGUGACUGAAGAAGGAGUGCGCUUUCUUAGCCCUCACGAUGGCACGCCCAUGCUCUUGACUCCAGAGCAUUCGAUCUCGCUUCAGAACUCCAUCGGCUCGGAUAUCAUGAUGCAACUCGACGACGUGAUUGCCACAACGUCCCCAGACCACGCACGAAUCAAGGAGGCCAUGUACCGAUCUGUGCGUUGGCUUGAUCGCUGUAUUGCAGCACACAAGAAACCUGAAACGCAAAAUCUCUUCUGCAUUAUCCAAGGAGGACUCGAUCUGGAACUCCGCAAGGAAUGCUGCAAAGAAAUGCUCGCCCGAGAUACUCCGGGUAUUGCCAUUGGAGGUCUCAGCGGCGGCGAGGCCAAGACCGAGUUUUGCAAAAUUGUCGACACUUGCACCACGAUGUUCCCACCAAACAAGCCGCGCUACGUUAUGGGAGUUGGCUAUCCAGAGGACAUCCUAGUGUCUGUCGCACUCGGUGCAGACAUGUUUGACUGCGUCUGGCCCACGCGAACAGCCCGGUUUGGCAACGCCAUCACCGACGAGGGCGUGUUCAAUCUACGGCAUGCUUCCUACGCAAACGACUUUGGCCCCAUCGCGAAUGGCUGCAAGUGUGUGUGCUGUAGGCCAUCAGAUGAUGGUGGUCUUGGCAUCACAAGAGCCUACAUCUAUCACACUGCUGCCAAGGAAACUGCAGGCUCACACCUGUUGAGUAUGCACAAUGUGCAUUACAUGCUGGAUCUGGUCCGCCGAAUGCGUGAAGCUAUUCUCGAAGAUCGCUACCCGGAUUUCCUCAAGGCCUACUUCAACACAUUAUAUGCUGGUGAUAACGAGAGGAUUCCCUCGUGGGCCGUGGAAGCUCUAAGAGGCGUCGGCGUGGAUUUGCUAGAGCGCUGA